UCUCAUUACCAUAAUGUCAACUUGAUUCCGUUGAAACUUACAAAACUAAUUUUAGCCUUUCAAGUGACCAAAAAGUUGCAAAUGUGCAUUAAGGAAAGCAAAGAAAGCCCAUAUCUGAUAAAAUCUUAUAACUUUAAGAAAAUUCACUAACUGGUUAGACCAUGACAAUUGUGAUGAGAGGAGGCCAGGCUGGAGGAGACUCUCCUCAAGAAAAUGUUCAGAAUCCUCCAGAGUCAACACAGCAGCCUCAACAGCAACAGCCACUACCACCACAACAGACUCCUGCUACUUCAACGACACAACCCCCAGCAGAAUCAGAAAAUGGACAAGGUGAUGGGUCAGUUGAAAUGACAGAUGACCAAGAACCUGAAUUUCCAGUGCAGGAGUUGGCCAGGCUGGAUGAAAUGAUCAAUCGUCCAAGAUGGGUAGUACCAGUAUUGCCAAAAGGAGAACUUGAAAUUUUGCUUGAAGCAGCUACUAAACUCUGUAAAGAUGGAUUGGACACCAGAAGCGAAGCUUGCCAAAGAUUUUUCAGAGAAGGUCUUACAGUAUCAUUUACCAAGAUAAUGACAGAUGAAGCUGUCAGUGGAUGGAAAUAUGAAAUCCAUAGAUACAUUUUAAAGAAUGCAGAAAAGUUAAUAGAACUGUGUGUAGCCAAGCUGGCUGAGGACUGGUACCCUUUACUAGAACUAUUAGCUAUGGUACUUAAUCCGCACUGCAAAUUCCACACAUAUAAUGGAACGAGACAGUCAGAAUCUGUACAAGCUGGAGUUACUCUUCCUGAUGAUGCUUUGUUUGCAAGGCCUCCUGAUCCAAGGACACCAAGGGGUUGGUUAGUUGAUCUGGUAAACCGAUUUGGAGAACUGAAAGGUUUUCAGAUACUGUUGAAAAGAUUUCAAGAUGGUCCACAAAUGUCUGUCCCACUUGUAGCUGCUCUUAUAAAACCCUUUGGACAGUGUAAUGAGGUACUGACGCCACAUACAGUAGAGAAAUAUAUGAUGCCAAUUGUUGAAAUAGUGCCCAAGUUUUUAGAUUCUUUGACUGAUGAAGAACUAAAGAAAGAAACCAAAACAGAGGCCAAGAAUGAUGCUUUGUCCUCAAUCAUUAAAGCUCUGAAGCAACUUGUCUCCAGACUUCCAGACCAAGAAGAGACCAUUAAAAAUUUGGAAAUAUUUAGACUAAAGAUGAUUCUUAGAUUGCUGCAGAUUUCCUCAUUCAAUGGAAAGAUGAAUGCUUUGAAUGAAGUUAACAAAGUAAUAUCAAUGAUAUCCAAUGUAUCAAGUCGACACUCAUCUAUGGAUGAAGAUGAAUGGCUGACAGCAGAAAAAAUGGCAGACUGGAUUCAAAAUAAUCAGGUUUUGACAAUUGUACUAAGAGACAGCUUACAUCAGCCACAAUAUGUUGAAAAGCUGGAGAAAAUACUCAGAUUUAUGAUUAAGGAAAAAGCUUUAACAUCUGAAGACUUGGACAAGCUUUGGGAAGCUCAGUCAGGAAAACAUGAUGCAAUAGUGAAGAAUGUUCAUGACCUGUUGGCCAAACUUGCCUGGGACUUCUCGCCAGAACAAUUAGACCAUUUGUUUGAAUGUUUUCAAGGAAGCUGGACACAGGCCUCAAAGAAACAGAGGGAAAAGUUAUUAGAAUUAAUCAGACGACUAGCAGAGGAUGAUAAGGAGGGUGUGAUGGCACAUAAAGUAUUAGGAUUGUUAUGGAACCUUGCCCAUAGUGAAGAUGUACCUACAGAUAUCAUGGAUCAGGCUCUCACAGCACAUAUCAAAAUAUUGGAUUACAGCUGUUCACAGGAUAGAGACCAACAGAAGAUGACAUGGAUAGGAAAGUUUGUAGAUGAGUUGAAAAACGAUAAAUGGGUACUGCCUGCUUUAAAACAGAUUAGAGAAAUAUGCCAACUGUUUCCUGAGGCUCCACAGAACUUCCCUCAUGCACCACCAAGAACACCUCAUGUUUACUACAGGAAUAAUGUUAUCAACCAGUUACAGUCUACACAUUCUAUUGUUAUGUUGGUGGCCAAGAAUCUGUCAGAAUAUAUGGAGAAGUCAAGAGUAUUUGCUAAAGAGCAUCCAGAUUUGGAUCCAGCCACUAUUUUACCUGAUGGCAGAUUUAAUCAUGUGGUUCAGAUACAAGAAAGAUUAAAGUUUAUGAGGUUUCUUCUAAAAGAUGGACAGUUAUGGUUGUGUGAAUCUCAAGCCAGACAGAUUUGGCAAUGUUUAGCUGAGAAUGCUAUAUAUGGAACUGACAGGGAGUCUUGUUUUAAAUGGUUUGCUAAGUUAAUGGGAGAAGAACCAGACCUUGAUCCAGAAAUAACAAGAGAUUUCUUUGAGCAAAAUAUCUUACAAUUGGAUCCCAGUCUUCUGACAGAAAAUGGCAUGAACUGUUUUGAAAGAUUUUUCAAACAUGUCAAUUUGAAAGAGAACAAAUUAAUAGCCAAGAGAAGAGGUGGCCAUAUGAUUGAUGAUUUAGAAUUAAUAGGGUUAGACUAUUUAUGGCGGGCUGUGUUACUUAGUCCAGAUGAUGUUGCAAAUAAAGCGAUAACAUUAUUAAAAGACAUUUUUACAAACUUGGGUCCACGGUUACAACAGAACCAAGUGGAUAUACAUGAUGACUUUAUACAGUCGUGUGUAGAUAGGUUAAAAGCUUUAUAUGAUACUGUGUCUGUGUUAGAGAAGGACAAAGACAGUACAAAUAGAGUGAUGCAGGAGACAUCCAGGAUGGUUAGAGUGCUGACAGUGUUGAAGGAAUAUGUAGCUGAGUGUGACGAGGCUUAUACUGAUGAGCGAUCAAUUCUACCUCUUAGCAGGGCAUGUAGAGGAAAAUUAGUGACUUUAAUUGUUCGAUUUCCUAGUCAAGGUCGUCAGAUGGAAGACAUUGAAAUUUGGUCUCAUUCAAAUGAUACAAUUGGACAAGUUAGAAGACAGAUUUUAUAUAAACUUAAAUUAAGCAGUAAUAUAAAAGUGGAUUUAUAUGUGAAUAAUGAACUAUUAGAUCCAGCAGAGGAUAAAAGAUUAAUUUUACAAGUGCCAUUGAGAGAAAAAGCUUUGAUAUCAGCAAAGUUAGUACAAGUAGGAAAUAACAUGCCAUCUAGUCCAGAUAGUAGUUCUGAUAGCUCAGCUGGGUCACCUCAUCAUACUUUUGAUGGUCCUAAUAUAGAGGCUGAAAGUUGUUUACCUGGUGUGAUAAUGGCGAAUACAGCUAAGUAUGCCAAGUUUAUGUUCCAGUUAUCAGAUUUAGGUUGUUCACUUCAAGUUCCAAAACUUAGGGAUACUGCCAGAACUCUUCUUAAACUAAUGCCUGCAGAUUCUCAUACUGUAGACAGAUUGUGUAAUAUAUGUAAUGAGAACACUAGGUCAGACACAACUCUUUCUCAACAAUUAGAAAUAAUGUUCUUCAAUUCAUCACCUACAGAAGCCCUGUAUAAUAUUGAGGUUGCUUACAGUCUGUUAAUGCCUGCAAAUGAUCCUAUGUCUGAAGACGCUUUCAAAUUUCAGUAUAAUUAUGUAAAGAGUGGAGGUGUACAGUUGGCACUUAACAUGUUAACCAAGAAUAACUUCUUACCUACUGCAGAUCUGCCAACACGCAGGUCUGCUUAUGUAACUGUGAUGAAGAUCUGUAAAAUAAUGUUAACUACCGUCCUCAAUGCCAAGCUUCAAGUGGUGAUAGAUGCUUGUAAUGCUGAUCCUCAGUCACCUAAUGUAACUCAGCAGGAACACAGUCAUGCUGUAUUAAUACAACAGGCAUUACAGUUCAUACCUAACCAACAGUCAGAAAUCAUGACAAAGAAUGUAGCCAUGAGACUAGGUCAACAUUUAACAGAUCAGGCCUCUAAAGUAAUUCCAGAUUUGUCAGUUAUAAAAGCAGUACAGAAAAUAGCUUGGUCCUCCAGUAGUUGUUCAUUACAUUUGGUUCAUGCAUCUAAUGAGGAUAUUCAUAAGGCUCACGAGAAGCCAAAAGACCAUUUGGAAGUAGAAGAUUUAGUGGUUGCUAAGGAAUCAUUAGAAGUUCUGACAAUCUGUCUCUGUCUAUGUCCUCCUGCUCUAGAAGCUCUCAAUAAAGACAAAUCAUGGCAGGUCUUCAUCAAGGAUUUGUUAUUGAUAUGUAAACACAGAUCUGUACGAAUAUCUGCAACUGAUCAAUUUUAUCUAAUGGCAACCAGAUGUUGUGGUGGUCAGAGACCUGUUUUGUUUUUUAUUACUUUGUUGUUUUGUGAGUUAAAUGAAACUGUGAGAGAGUAUGCUAAACAAGCAAAUGAAUACUUCAAUUUGUUAUGGAAGUUGUUAAAUUAUGCAUGUAGUACAGAUAUAAGAUUACCUAAUGCAGAUAAACUGUUACAUAAUGAAAUUUUGUGGUUGAAAAAAUUGAGGGAACAAGUAUUAAAUACAGGAGAAGUUGAAGUUGAAGAUGCUCUAUUAGAGGGGCAUCUUGGCAUCACAAGAGAGCUGUUAGCAUUCCAGUCACCAGAAAAGAGGUACCACAUUGGUUCUGAAAAAGGAGGAUCAAAUCUCAUAAAGGAACUAAUUGAAGACUUCCUGUUUCCUGCAUCAAAGAUAGUCCAUCAAAGUAGAAAAGUAAAUGGAGAGUUUCCCACAGAACAAGCUAAUCCUGUGUGUACCACUCCACUAACAAUUACGGCAGCAUUUGACCUGUUGGUGGCUUUGUGUACACAAUGUGUUCCUAAUCUUAAAUGCGUAGCUCUUAUGUUGAUGGAGAUGUUCUACAACAAUGAUGCUUCAUUAACUGAAUGGGAAUACUUGCCACCAGUUGGUCCUCGUCCUCAUAAAGGGUUUGUAGGUCUGAAGAAUGCAGGUGCCACAUGUUAUAUGAACUCUGUCAUUCAACAGCUGUUUAUGAUAGACAACAUCAGAUCAGAUAUAUUAGCUAUUGAUGGAGCUGCUGAUGAAGCCUGUGUAGAGGAAGAUUAUGUUGAUGAAAAAGUAGAGAGUGAAACAAAUGUGGAUAUGGGUGACGAAGAAAGGAAAGAUGAAGAAAAACCAGUGAGCAGUAAGGAUGAUGAGAGGAAAGAAUACAACAUGGGUGUACUCAAACAAAUACAGUUGAUAUUUGGCCAUUUAGCUUGUAGCAAGCUGCAAUUUUAUGUCCCAAGGGGAUUCUGGAAACAUUUCAAGUUGUCAGAUGAACCAGUGAAUUUGAGAGAACAACAUGAUGCCUUAGAGUUUUUUAAUAGUUUAGUAGACAGUGCAGAUGAGGCUUUAAAAGUACUCAAUCAACCACAAAUUUUAUCCAAGGUCUUAGGUGGGUCAUUCGCUGACCAAAAAAUAUGCAAGGACUGUCCCCAUCGUUACCAAAGAGAAGAGUCUUUCACGGCAUUGAACAUUGAUAUUCGAAAUCAUCAUAAUUUAUUAGAAUCUUUAGAACAAUACGUUAAAGGAGAUUUAUUAGAAGGUGCUAACGCAUAUCGUUGUGAAAAGUGUGAUAAAAAGGUUGAUACUGUUAAAAGAUUGUUAAUAAAGAAGUUACCACAAGUGUUGGCAAUACAGCUGAAGCGAUUUGAUUAUGACUGGGAAAGAGAAUGUGCAAUAAAGUUCAAUGAUUACUUUGAGUUUCCACGAGAGUUUGACAUAGAUCCUUAUACAGUACAAGGAAUGGCAAAAAUUGAAGGUGAAAUAAUUGAUAUAGAUGAAUCUAAGCCUCAGAGUACCAAAUACAAGCUUAUUGGAGUUGUUGUUCAUAGUGGACAAGCCAGUGGUGGUCACUACUAUUCGUAUAUAUUACAUAGAGGUGAAGAUAAUACUGCUAAAUGGUACAAGUUUGAUGAUGGGGAUGUGUCAGAAUGUAAAAUGGAUGAUGAUGAGGAACUGAAAAAUCAAUGUUUUGGAGGGGAAUAUUUAGGAGAGGUGUUUGAUCACAUGCUAAAAAGAAUGGCUUAUAGAAAACAGAAAAGAUGGUGGAAUGCCUACAUCCUGUUUUAUGAAAGGGUAGAUGAAGUGGAUAAUGAGAAACACAUCUACAAGACACUCCAAGACUUAACUAUUGUAAAUAAACCUUACCAAGUGACCAUGCCAACUGUGAUAGAGAAGUGUGUUAGGAAACGUAACAUUAUGUUUAUGCAUGAGAAGAGUCAGUUCUGUGUGGAAUAUUUCCAUUUUAUGAAGAAACUGCUUAAUUGUAAUCCCAUCUAUACUCAUUGUCCACAAGAUAAAUUGUCCAAUGAUGCAGAAGUACUUGCCAUGAUUAGCACAGAGCUGGCCUCUAAGUUUUUGUUUAAUGUUGGAUUUAGAACAAAGAAGAAUAUACGGGGACCAGCAAGUGAAUGGUAUGAAACUCUAAGUAGCCAUCUACGACCCAGUAAGAAAGUUCGCAGCUGGUUUGCAAAUAAUGUAUUAUUUGCCCAUCCUAACAGAUUUGCUGAGUAUUUACUAGAGUGUCCUACCUCAGAGGUCAGAAGUGCUUUCAGUAAAAUAAUUGUGAGCUUAGCUCAUUUCUCUGUUAGAGAUGGUCCUAGUCCCCCACCAUUAGUUCAUGGCUUAAUUGCCCCAGGUCAGACUGCAGAUCCCAACAUGACAUUGAGUGACCAUCUACUUCUAGCAGUACUACAGCUGUUAAAGAAAGAAGUUUCAGAACAUGGAAGGCAUUUACAACAGUAUUUCCACUUGUUCCUAAUGUAUGCUAGUCUGGGACCUGAUGAGAAAUUACAGCUGUUAAAGUUAAAUGUUCCAGCAAUGUUUAUGUUAGUAGCCUUAGAUGAGGGACCAGGUCCACCAAUCAAAUACCAGUAUGCUGAACUGAAUAAAUUGUACUCGGUUGUGUCUAUACUGGUCAGAUGCUGUGAUGUAUCUACCCGUUGUCUUUCUUAUGCUGAGUCAUCAUCCAAGAUGAAUCCUUACAGUGAUGGACCACCCAAGCCGAACCCUUUUGGAGACCCUUCAUUGCCAACUCCAUUGAUGCCAAUUCAGCAACAAGUAAUAGAACCAAUGUAUGGUAGAACUAGUUAUGUAAAGAAGUUAAUAGAGGAUUGUAAUAGUUCUGAUGAUACUGCCAAGUUACUCAAGUUCUGCAGCUGGGAGAAUCCUCACUUCUCAUCUACUGUUCUUGGGGAACUUUUAUGGCAGGUUGCCUACUCCUACACCUAUGAACUCCGACCUUACCUUGACCUGUUAUUACAGAUGUUGUUAUUGGAAGACACAUGGCAGAAUCAUAGAAUACAUAAUGCAUUAAAAGGUAUUGAUGAAAAAGAUGGGUUAUUUGAUACAAUACAGAGAGCUAAAAACCAUUACCAGAAAAGGGCAUACCAGUGUAUUAAAAUGAUGGUGUCAUUAUUUUCUGUAUGUCGUCCAGCUAAAGAAAUGCUACAAAGCAAUGGUGACUUAAAAAGAAAAUGGACAUGGGCAGUUGAGUGGCUGAAUGAUGAAUUAGAAAGGAGACCAUAUCCAGGCAAUACUCAGUAUACCUACAACAAUUGGUCACCACCAGCUCAGUCCAAUGAAACUUCUAAUGGCUAUUUCUUAGAAAGAUCUAAUAGUGCCAAGAUAACACUGAACAAAGCAUAUGACUUGCUACCAGAAGAGGAACCAGAAGAUUCUGAGCUAACAGAUGAACAUGAAAGUCCUCAUCCUGAAGAGGGUGUACAGACCUAUCCUCCACGCCCAGCCGGAAGCUCCCCUCAGCCAAUUGAGAAGGAAAAGGGAAAGGAGAAGGAGAAGGAAGAGAAAGAAUCAGAUAAGGAAAAGGAGAAACAAGAAAAUCAAGAGGUUCCACCUAAACCUCAUGUUCAGAACAAUCAGGUCAAUACCUCCCAGUCACAGCAACCAAUUCCUCCUAGUAAUCAAAUUAACAACCAACUGAACAACCAGCAACCAGAUACAGGGGAGGAGGAGGGUUCUAGUAACAGCAAUAACAAAACUUCUGUGGAAUGAUUGAGAUGAUUGAACAGUGUUAUUUAUUUUAGUGCUUUUGAGAUAUGUUAUUUAUUGUAUAAAUGUUAUGUAUUGCUGUAUAUUGGGGUAUUUAUGUUAGAUUUUUUAAUUUUUUUAAUUAUUUUUUUUUUUCAUUUUUUCCUCAAAAAUUCAAAAGCAUUAAACAAUUGAAUGGCAAGGUUAUAAUAAUUUUUUCUUAUCAUAUUACUUGAAUGAUGUAAAAGUCAAAGCUUAAGUAAACUAUUAGUUGCAGUUUUCAUAAGCUUUUCUUGGAAAAUUAACGGCAUCAUACAAUUUUUAUUACUCCAACAAUCGCUUAGGUGUUACACAUGUAUGCUUAUCUGUCAGUCACAACAUAAAACUAUUCGUAUAAAAGCUUUAUAUAGACAAAAGAUCUGGAUAAUAUCCCUAAUGUUAGUGUCUUGUUGUUUGCAAUUUGACCGUUAAGCAUUGAUAGACGUACAUGUCUGUCUUACAGGGUUCACUUGACAAUGACAUCAUUUUCAUGGUUCAUUGAUUAACCCAAAAUUUUCAUAGUUUGUAAGUUAAAAGCUAUAGAUGAGCUAAAUAAGGUCUAUAGAAUUUUUGUAGGAUGUACAUGUACGUACAUGUCUUUCUGACAAGGAUAUCUGAGCUUGGCCUCAUUUUAGUGGUUCAUUUAUCAACAUAGUAGGUGAUGUCUUCAGUUACAAUGUGUAAUAUGUUAAUUAAAUUUGGUGUGUAGAAUCGAUGGAAGGUAUGAAUCUGUCUGGCAGUAACAUGAGACCUUUACCUCCUUUUCAGGGUUCAUUGACAUUUGUGUUUUUUCAGUUAUGAGUAAAAGGUGAAUAUAUUUUGUUUACAGAAUCAUUGUGAGGUGUACAUUUCUAUCUAAUACCUGUUACUUGACUGUGAUCUCAUUUCAUAGUUUAUUGAGUCACAAACAGUUUAAAUAUUAGACCAGUUACUAAUUUGCAUAUAAAAUUGAGACCUGCUAUUUGUAUUCAGUUACAUAAUUGUGAUGUUCCUUGUAAGUUUGAUAUAUACACAAAGUAAGACCUUAAUCUUAUAGACUUUUGACAUACUCAAUCAAAUAUAAUUAUGCAGAUGAGAUAUUUCCACUCUUGUUUACAAUGAAUAUAUGUUGGAAAAUAUAAAUUCAGUUUCAAAGAAGUAGUAAUCAAACUAAUGGUUCAUUGCUCUGUCAUAAAAACACAAAUCUUUACACAAGGCAUUGUAAUUUAUCUUACAUUCGGUAUAAUCUGGCGUGAAGAUGAUAUCAUUAUACUUUUAUUUUGAUAUGACAAAUAAGGCAGAAGAAAUGGGCCAUUGAUCAGAUGGUUUAUUUAUGUUUGUUGUCUUAGAGGAAAGAAGGUUUCAGCUAUAAAAUGAAUGACCUUUAAAGUUUGUAUGAUGAGUAAAUGUUAUAUUUGUUUAGAUAUCUCAAUUUAAAUCAACUAUUUAUUGCUCUUGCAAAAUUUUGAUGUACAAUCUAAUUUAACUUUAUAACAGAAAUAAUGAAGAUAAUGUCAAUAUAUAACAUACUUUUUCAUUAAGUAUUUUCCUAAGAAUUUGUAUUAAAUGUUCAAAGAGAACUGUUAUCAUUUAAAACAUAAUUACAAAUCUCUUUACUAUGAUAUAUAGCGUUCAAACAAUAAAGUUAAAAGCAUGAAUGUAUACACACAUUUUUAAUAUUUUCCAUUAAGGUUUUAAUCAUAUAUGUGAAAGUCUGAUUUAACCUUUUCUUAAGAUGAAGAUGUAGUUAUUUAUAUAUACUUCUAUGUAAACUAUUGCAUGUGUUUUUGAUGUUUAAAGUGCUUUUCAUUAUGACAUAUAUUAUGUCAAGUGAUACUUGAUUGGUUCUACGUAUAUCAUCAGAAAUAUGAACUUUUCUAGUAACAGGGGAGAUAACUAUAAGAAAACUGUGAGACAGUGUGUUCAAAUGUCAUUCUCUGAGAACUGUAAAGAAGUUACUUAACUGUUUACCUAGAACCAGUCUGACUGUGAAUGUAAGUUUUUGUAUGAUACACAGGAGUGUACAUGUAUAGUGUAAAAAGAUGUAAAUAAUCAAACACCAGUGUGAUACAUGUGAAGCUACAUUUGUAAACUUUGUAAAUAUAUAAAGUAGAUAAUAGUGUUCUUUUAUAUUUUAAGUUUAUUUCGUUUUGUAUAUAUGCUUACUCCUGAGUUCACUUUUUGUCAGUGCUUUUAUCUGACUUAUUUUAAAUUAUUUUCUAUUAUGUUGUGCAGUUUAAGAGUUUCUGCUAUGUAUUUUCUGUUCUUUCCUUCUUUGUCUUUAUCUUCAUUUCUUUGAACUUUAUGUUUAUUUUAAGUGCUAGUGAGAAUUAAGGACCAAAUAUGCCUGUAAUAUGUAUGAAGCUAAAUUAAUGUAUGGAUGUUCAAGUCUUUGUGCUUGGACUAUUGACAAGUGGAAGGUUCAUACUCAAGUCAUUUACUAUUGAACAAAUUUUUAGUUGUCAUCAUUCAAGAAAAUAUUUCAAUACAGGGUUUACUUAUGGAAUGAAGUUUCAAAUUGAAUUGAAUUAACCUUGAAAUUUUUCUGUUAUUCAUUUCCAAGCAAAAUAAUUGAUAUGAAGCUGUUUCAGAGUUUUUUCAUGGUUUAUAAAGGAAACUCAAUUUGACUUAAAAUAAGCUGUAUUGCAUGUUUUUAAGAAAAAAGUUAUUUUUUUUAAAAUUGAAUGAUUAGAUUGUGUUUUCAUUCUGCUUGUUUUGUGAAUGGUAUUUUACUGUCCUUUCCAGAGCAGACUCUUUUCGUUAAAUUGUAUACAUACAAGCAUUUCAAGAUUUUAUGCAAGUACCGGUAGAUUAAUAUUGUGACAAAUAUUUAUGUAUGAUUGAAGAAGCCCAAUAAUUAAAUAUCUAGUACAGUUAUUAACACGAUAAAAUGUCUAAAUAAAAAAAUAAUAUUUGUUUGCAUCUCUUUUUUGUGAUGAUGAUGAUAGUUAGAUGCUUGGAUGUGUACAGUAAGAGAAAGUUUUAAUCCUAUAUUUUGCUUUCUGUUUUAAUAUACAAUGUGAUAUUUUAUACCUGUCAGUUGUGGCACAUUAAUAAAAUGUUGGUUCAUUUGUUACAUAAUGUUAAUGUAUGGUGUGUUUUGGAUGAUUGAAUGAAACACAUCACUUUAAAAGCUUGUAUUAAUAAAUUUUCAGAAAGUUG